AUGUCACUGAUAUUAAAUAAAUUGCAAUUAACUGUAUUUUUCCGACCCAUUUUAAAUAUAAAAGUUAUACCAGUGAAAUUUAUACAUCACACAUCUGCUAAAUAUGAGAUAAAAGAAGAUACUAGCCAUGAUCCUACACCUCUUUUAAACGAUGAGAGUAUUUCUGUAGAAACUAGUAUGAAAUACUUAAAAAGUAGUGCUUAUAAAAUAUGUUAUGGAGAGGAUCCAGUUUGGAAAUAUUAUAAACGAAAUUUUAAAGGUCAAUUUCCUUCACGGAAAACACGAAAAACUUGCAUUAGAGGUAAUAAAAUUGAUACUGGCAGUCCAUGUCCAAUAUGCAGGGAUAAAUAUUUAAUUCUUGAUUAUCGUAAUAUUGACUUGUUAAAACAAUUUAUUUCUGAGCAUAAUGGAGAAAUUUUAAGUUAUAAUUAUACCAAUCUUUGCCAAAAGGCACAUAAAAAUUUACUUGUUGCUAUAACGAAAGCAAAAGAAUAUGGUUUAAUUACAUACAGUGUGCCCUUCAGAUAUUAUGAUUAUUCAGAGUGGAAAAGUUAAGACAUUCAUUUUUAACUUAUAUUUAAAAAUUUACAUUUAAAAAAUAAAUCAUAUAAAAUGGAUGAAAAAAAUA